GUGCGCGGCGCACGGGAGUGAAGCUCGCGCGGGUCGUGCGCGCGCCGCCGCCCUGCACCAGCCUGCCGCCAGCCAAACCUUCGACACCUGAAAAAAAUAAAUCCAAAAAACCUGAAAAGGCGUUUUCCGAUCUCUUUUGUAAUUAAUUAACCAUGGCGUUCGGCGCGAGCUCGCUUGUUCCCAAACACCGGUGUUAGUGCACAAUAUGGUCCGCCUCAAAGCUGACGGGACUUAAAUUCGAUAUAGUGAUAGUUGUCGUAUUGUGGUGUGUAUUGUUAGUUAAAUUGUAUAUAAAGUGUUGUGCGACUUGAAACCUGAUUCAUUUACUAAGACUACACCAAACCCUAUGGGACCAACAUACACCUGCAUAAAAUACCGUCGUAUACAAUAUAAAUAAAUAAAUCAAGCUAAAUAACCUAAAUCCUAAGUUGAAUCCUGAAGACUUUAUUAAACCUACUCAAUAUACAGAAACCUAGUUAGCCUCUUCCAAUAAUACAAUUUCUAAAUCUUCCGUAGUAAGUGUAUGAGUGCGUGUGUUGUGGAGUGCAGAGUGCAGUGAGAUGAUCAGUGACUGUUGGUGCUGACGCGUGACAGCGCAUGGCAUUGUGGAGACGCGCCCGCCUGCGCCACGCGACUACCACUAGAGAAAGAUGAGCGGCACAGAGGAUGGCGUCGCGGUGCCCAAUACGCCAGACGCAGGCGGUGGCGAGGUGGCGGCGGAGUCCCCGGCGGCGGCGGGUGAGGGCGCGGGUGCGGGCCCGCUCAUCCCCGUGCCGGCCGCGCCGCGCAAGCCGCCGCGCCGCGGCCCUAAGGUGCAGCAGGAACGCCCCAAGCGGGCGCUCUUCUGCCUCACGCUCAAGAACCCGCUGCGGAAACUCUGCAUCAACAUCGUCGAGUGGAAGCCGUUCGAGUGGAUGAUCCUGACGACGAUCUUCGCCAACUGUGUGGCGCUGGCGGUGUACACACCCUUCCCCGCCAGCGACUCCAACUAUACCAACUGGGUGCUUGAAAAAAUCGAAUAUAUAUUUCUGGUGAUUUUCACGGGCGAGUGCGUAAUGAAGAUUAUCGCGUACGGGUUCAUGAUGCACGCCGGCUCGUACCUGCGCAACGGGUGGAACCUGCUCGACUUCACCAUCGUCGUCAUUGGUAUGGUGAGCACAGUGCUGUCGAGUAUAUUCAAAGAUGCGUUCGACGUGAAGGCGCUGCGAGCGUUCAGAGUGUUACGGCCGCUGCGAUUGGUAUCCGGAGUCCCUAGUCUCCAGAUCGUUCUGAACUCGAUCCUGAAGGCGAUGGUGCCACUGCUGCACAUCGCCCUGUUGGUCAUCUUCGUCAUCAUCAUCUACGCUAUCAUCGGCCUCGAGCUCUUCUCCGGCAAAAUGCACAAGACUUGCUACAAUAAGUAUACAAAUGAGAUAAUGGAUUCUCCGCACCCGUGUGACGUGGACAACGGAUUCAACUGUUCGUCUCUCGGCGAGGAGAUGGAGUGCCGCGAGAAUGGCUGGCAGGGGCCCAACGAUGGUAUCACCAACUUUGAUAACUUCGGCCUCUCCAUGCUCACAGUCUUCCAAUGUAUCACGCUUGAAGGAUGGACCGAUGUCAUGUACAAUAUUCAAGAUGCAAUGGGCAAUAGUUGGGAAUGGAUUUAUUUUGUGUCGAUGGUCAUAUUGGGAGCAUUUUUCGUCAUGAACCUCAUUCUCGGUGUGUUGUCUGGAGAAUUCUCCAAAGAAAGAGAGAAGGCGAAAAACCGCGGCGACUUCCAGAAACUACGAGAGAAGCAACAGUUGGAAGAGGAUUUGAAGGGUUAUCUCGAUUGGAUCACACAGGCCGAGUACUUGGAACCGCUAGCUGACCAACACGACGCCAACGACCAGAAGAGAGAUUACGGCAUCGGUAUUGGUCAAACUCCAAACGAGCACGAUUCAACGGAUCACCUGGGAAUAGAACCCAAUGAACAACAAAAGGUUUCAUUAUGCAAGCUGUGGAGGAAAGACUUUGAUAAGGUGAAUCGACGAAUGAAACGUGCAUGUCGUCGUGCUGUCAAGUCACAGACCUUCUACUGGUUGAUCAUCGUGCUUGUGUUCAUGAAUACCGUAGUUCUAGCCAGCGAACAUUAUCAUCAACCUGAGUGGCUCGACUACUUUCAAGAGUACGGGAAUGCGUUUUUUGUAGCGUUAUUUACGAUAGAAAUGCUUGUAAAAAUGUACAGUUUAGGUUUACAAGGGUACUUCGUGUCGCUGUUCAACCGGUUCGACUGCUUCGUAGUGGUGGGGUCCAUCAGCGAGAUGGUGCUCACCAAGACGGAGGUGAUGCCGCCGCUCGGCAUCUCCGUGCUGCGCUGCGUGCGCCUGCUCAGAGUGUUCAAGGUCACCAAGUACUGGCGGUCGCUGUCGAACCUGGUGGCGUCGUUGCUGAACUCAAUCCAAUCAAUCGCGUCGCUGCUGCUGCUGCUGUUCUUGUUCAUCAUGAUCUUCGCGCUGCUCGGCAUGCAGGUUUUCGGCGGCAAGUUCAACUACGACGCCGUCAUUGAGAAAGACAGGCACAACUUUGACUGCUUUUGGCAGGCGCUGCUCACUGUCUUUCAGAUAUUGACGGGUGAAGAUUGGAACGCGGUGAUGUAUGAGGGCAUCAAGGCGUACGGCGGAGUCGGCACCUUCGGCAUAGUAGCCUGCAGCUACUUCAUCAUUCUAUUCAUCUGCGGCAAUUAUAUCCUACUAAACGUGUUCUUGGCUAUCGCUGUGGACAAUCUCGCAGAUGCAGAGUCCUUGACCAACAUCGAAAAGGAGGAAGGAGCUGUAGAAGAGAAAGAAGGAGGCAGUAUUGUGGAGCAGGAAGGAGCUCACGCGGAUACGGAUGAUGAGUACAUUCACGACGAUGACGCUUACACCACUGAUAACUCAGAAAGAGAGUACGAAGAAACAGGUUCAGAAGGUGAGCAACAAGAAGAAAUAGAAGGAGAAGAAAUGGGACAAGAAGGAGACGAGGGAGACCGAGAGAGAGUGGAGGAAGAACAAGAACCAGAAGAGGAAGAGAUGCAUCAGAGGAAUCAUAUAGUGAGCACAGAGCUGGAGGAGGGCCCGCGGCUGAAGCGCAAGCCCACGACGUCGUCGGCGCGGCCGCGACGCCUCUCCGAGGUCGAUAUACACGACACUAAGAAACCCAUCCCUGACGCCUCGUCCCUCUUCAUAUUUUCCAAAACCAACAGGUUCCGCGUACUGUGCUACAACAUCUCGGCAUCGUCGACGUUCGGCAACAUCAUCCUGGUGUGCAUCAUGCUCUCCUCCGCCAUGCUGGCCGCUGAGGACCCCCUAGAUGCCGCGCAGAAGGGGUUCAGAAAUUGGUUGUUAAGUCAAUUCGACGUGUUCUUCACGAGCAUCUUCACGCUGGAGUUGUUCCUGAAGCUGGUGACGUACGGGCUGAUCCUGCACCAGGGCGCCUUCCUGCGCUCCGCCUUCAACGUGCUCGACAUGCUCGUCGUCUGCGUCUCGCUCAUCUCUAUGAGCUUUAAGUCUGGUAGUAUAUCGGUGGUAAAAAUAUUGCGAGUGUUCAGGGUGCUGAGGCCUCUUAGGGCCAUCAAUAGGGCCAAAGGCCUUAAGCACGUUGUUCAAUGCGUGAUCGUUGCUAUCAAAACGAUCGGCAACAUUUUGUUGGUAACGUCGUUACUACAGUUCAUGUUCGCUGUCAUGGGAGUGCAAAUGUUCAAGGGUAAAUUUUUUAGAUGUAAUGACAUUUCGAAAAUGACGAAGGACGAGUGUCAGGGGACGUAUUUAGUAUUUGAAAAGGGCAACUACGCCGUGAGAGAUCGUGAAUGGACGAGAUACGACUUCCACUUUGAUAACGUGAUGAAGGGAAUGCUCACUCUGUUCACCGUAUCCACGUUCGAGGGAUGGCCAGGGUUGUUGUAUGUAUCGAUAGAUUCGAAUGCUGAGGAUCGUGGUCCCAUAACUAACUUCCGUCCAAUUGUUGCAGCCUACUAUAUUAUUUAUAUUAUUAUAAUUGCCUUCUUUAUGGUUAAUAUAUUCGUCGGUUUCGUCAUAGUGACAUUCCAAAAUGAGGGUGAGCAGGAGUACAAGAACUGUGAGUUAGACAAGAACCAGAGGAACUGCAUAGAGUUCGCACUGAAAGCCAAGCCUAUACGACGAUACAUCCCAAAGCACCGCAUUCAGUACAAGGUGUGGUGGUUCGUGACGUCGCAGCCAUUUGAGUACGCGAUCUUCGUGCUGAUCAUGAUCAACACUAUCACUUUGGCUAUGAAGUACCACAAGCAGCCCGACGAGUACAGCACCGUGCUUGAUAUGCUCAACAUGAUCUUCACCGCCAUCUUUGCGCUCGAGUUCAUAUUCAAACUCGCCGCUUUCAGGUUCAAGAAUUACUUCGGCGACGCGUGGAACACGUUCGAUUUCAUCAUCGUCUUGGGGAGUAUCAUAGACAUCGUGGUAUCGCAAGUAAACGAAAUCAAGAACCAAGGAAGUGGAUCGGGGAGAGCUCACAAGGAGAGCUCGAUUCCAUCGAUAAACUUCUUCCGACUUUUCCGCGUGAUGCGGCUGGUAAAGCUGCUGUCUCGUGGCGAGGGCAUUCGCACGCUGCUGUGGACGUUCAUCAAGUCCUUCCAGGCUCUGCCGUACGUCGCGCUGCUGAUCCUCAUGCUGUUCUUCAUAUACGCCGUCGUGGGCAUGCAGGUUUUCGGGAAAAUAGCAAUAGAUGAUGAGACACCUAUCACCAGGAACAACCACUUCCAAACGUUCCCACAAGCCAUCCUUGUGUUAUUUCGAUCUGCCACUGGCGAGGCGUGGCAAGACAUAAUGAUGGCUGUGUCUCCGGAGCCAACGGUGAAGUGCGACCGCAGCUACGAGUUCGAAGAGGGCGAAGAGAACAGCGGUUCGUGCGGCAGCGUGCUCGCCUUCCCCUACUUCAUCUCCUUCUACGUUCUCUGCUCAUUUUUAAUCAUUAAUUUGUUCGUCGCCGUCAUUAUGGAUAAUUUCGACUAUUUAACUAGAGACUGGUCAAUAUUGGGACCACACCACUUAGAUGAAUUUAUAAGAUUAUGGAGCGAAUACGAUCCCGACGCCAAGGGUAGAAUAAAACAUUUAGAUGUAGUUACUUUACUUAGGAAAAUUAGUCCACCUCUAGGUUUUGGUAAGCUAUGUCCGCACCGGGUGGCGUGCAAGCGGCUGGUCUCGAUGAACAUGCCGCUCAACUCGGACGGCACCGUGCUCUUCAAUGCGACGCUCUUCGCCGUCGUCAGGACCUCGCUCAAAAUUAAAACAGAAGGUAACAUCGACGAUUGCAACACGGAGCUGCGAGCGGUGAUCAAGAAGAUUUGGAAGCGAACAUCGCCUAAACUGCUAGACCAGGUGGUGCCGCCACCAGGAGACCCCAACGAGAUCACCGUUGGCAAGUUCUACGCCACCUUCCUUAUACAGGACUACUUCAGAAGGUUUAAAAAGCGAAAGGAGCAAGAGAUGCGUCAAAGCGAAGAACAGAACCACCAAAUGACGCUGCAGGCGGGGCUACGCACGCUUCACGAGGCCGGGCCCGAGCUCAAGCGAGCCAUCUCGGGAAACCUCGACGACAUAACCACCGAGUGCGACGUGCCCAUGCAUAGGAGAAACCACUCUCUGUUCGGCGGUGUAUGGUCGAGUAUACGAAGGCACGGGCCCAACAGACACUUCCACCGGCCGCGGAAACCUGGGGAGGUGGCACAAGAUGGUGUGGGCAAUCAUCUUAGUUCGAUGAUGCAACGUGAAUAUGGAGUAAUGGGACCGCUUCCAAUAACGCCAAACCUGGCAAAUGGUCAACCGAGGGAGCAGAUACCAUUAAGGCCUUUAAUAUUCAACGGGGAGUCGGAGAAAAUAUACCAAGUGCUAGAAAGAACCACAUAUGAUCUUAAGAACGCUAAUUAUCAAGGCGGCGAUAGCGGCGAGCGCGGCGUGGUGUCGCUGCCCGGCAGCCCCCGCGGCCCGGCGGCCGCCGCGCCCGUCGUGGGCUCCGCUGAGAGCCUCGUCACCAGGGUGUUGGCAGAGCAGGGUCUGGGCGCUUACUGUGACCCGGAGUUUGUGAGAAACACGUCACGAGAGAUGCAGGAGGCUCUCGAGAUGACACAGGAGCAGAUGGACAGAGCGGCGCAUCAGUUGAUGAUCCAGGAGAGAAACUUGAAACAGGCUCAGAACCAACAACCUCAAGUUGGUACUAUUUGGACUGUUAUAGGGCGACAUCCUUGCUCGCCAGUACCACCCUUUCCACCAGCCGGCGAGCCAGCCGCCGCCGAGCCACAAGCGGUUAUAGCAGCAGCCGCGCCACCGCGCGCCGCGCCCGCGCCCUCCACACACGCCCGCCACCGCAGGAAACGGAAACGGAAACCUGUCUUGGUCUAGCGAACGUUUACUAUACUUAUUAAAGUGGAUCUCUUCCUCGAUCCUUUGAUAUAAACUAUAAUGCUCAAAGUUUUUGAGUUUUUAUAUUAAGAUCCGCUUUUUAAAAUUUAAAAUCCAAUUCGACCAGGCGGAACGACAUCAGUGGAGUCAAUACUAAGAACGUGAGGAACUAAAUUAUAAUUGUCCGUCGCUGCGGGCAGUGAGCCAGUGACCAGUGAGAUUCGUAGUUCCUUAGGGUAGAUACGUUUGAUAAAAAUUUUAGGAUUAGAAUUGAAUGCUUGAAGGCUACCGAUGUGUGCGACACAUACCUACAUCUACGGAAGUAGGUACCUUAGUUAUGACGGAGAAUAAAGUUACAUUAAAAUCCUUCAACGAUUUUCAAAAUUCUAAACGAGUAAUAAGUAUUUUAUCUAAAUUGUGAGAAAGAAUGAAUAUUUUGAAAAUCCUGUAACAGAUUGGAAUAUCCGCUUUAAGAGUUAUUUACCGUUACACUACGCAACGUAUCGCUCUGAAAUAUUUUGCUGUUUCCCAGUUUGUAAUAUCUUCUAUAGUGUUUAUAUUAGUAUAUUAUAUACUUACCUAAAUGUCUUUCAUGCUUUAGCUUGGAAGCCAUGUAAUUAUUGAAUUGUCGCAUGCGAGGUGAAACGUAUGAUGCUUUGACUGCUAUAUUUCAGUAUUGUAGGUACGACAAGAUAACAUCAGGCAGAGAUAUGAAGACGGAAAAUGGAAAUUUGUUUUUUUGAUUCUUUGCAUUUACUGCAACCCAAACAUUGACAAUAUACUACGGAAGACUACGCAGUACUGAUUGUAAAUUAGCGUUUAGCCAUACAAAAUGUAUCCAAUUUUCAGUAGAGCACCAGUAGCGUUUUUACGAUAAAAUGCAACCUUUUCCCUACAUCAAACAAAAUUUUGUUUAAAACGGCGAUAAGUAUGCAAAUUGAUGCCAAUCUGUUCAAACAAAAAAAGAAUUUGUACAAGUGUUUCUACUUGAAUUGUGAGCUUAAUACCUAAAAUGGGAACAGUAUCAAUUAGGUACUUAUACAUCUUCGUGACACUACAUGAAAUCAUACUUUUGAAUAGGUAAUAAGGAAAUGCAUUACGGCAUCCCAUUUAGCAGAUAUUUUAACACACCAAUAUGCAGUAGGUUUUCAUUAGUAACCAGUACUACUUCUGAACUUAAUAAAUCAAUCUGGAAGUUAUUAAAAGUUAUUUAAGCAUUUUUCGGUGUCAUUAGAAGACUGGAUAAGUUUAAUAUUCUUUGUUCCCUUAAUAUCAUUAACGUUUAACGCACAAUGUACAGAGAAUCGAUGUUAGAAACUACGUGUUCCCACUGGUGACCUUUGUUUGGUGUCAUUAUCUGUGAAUGUAAUAGUAAUAAUUCUCAAAUCAUGUUGACUAUCUAUAGAGUAGAGAUACCUUCACAGAGCGGGAGAUACGAAGUAAGCGCCUCAAAAAAUAUUCAUAGCAAAGUUCAUUAAGCUUAUCAAAAUCCCUUUUGCUCUUUUAUUAUUUAUUUAAAAAUAUCUAUACCUAAAGAAGUAUUUUUAUAUAAAAGACAGUAGUGUCAUAGUUUUACAGAAUACAAAACCUAUUUCAAUGUAAAAGCAUUUACUUUUCGUCUCGAAAUUCUUUUCUGGCAAUAAUCUUGAAAACUAGUGCGUAGAUAGGUAGGUACAGUCAAAUUAAAAACGGGACAAAAUUCGUGAUUUGUAGUGUUUUAGAGUAUUAUUUGGGGAUCCAGGAUUGUACUGAACGUGCUACGAGUAUAUGUAAUACCAAACCAUAUACCUACACUCAUCGUUAUUUUGAAUUUUAACAGAAGUUGUUGGGAGUUAUGUAAAAUAAUAAUUUAACUAGUAGGUGUAAGGAAUCCCCUAGAAAGUGCCCUUUCGUAGUUCUCUAAUAAAUGUCGUUAUCUAUCCCGUUCACCCACGAACCACAUUCCUCUAGAACUUAAGGAAAAAAACGCCUUCAUUUGAAAUUCUAAAAAUAUAUUUCGUUGUUGGCUUAUUUGCCAUUUUCUUACGUAGGGUGUAUGGAUGUACUUCACUUCCAAAAAUCGACAUCAACGGUCUUGUUUGCUCCAGACAAUGACACUCGUUUAUCUGCCCCUAGCACACGCUAUGUACCUACGUAGACAGCAUAGGCCAGCAGCGUCUUGGCGUGGUAUAGUAUAGGUAUGUGCAUCUACGUAGAUUGCUGCAUGUGUCAUAAUGAAUUUAUUUUAUUGGAUAAACCUAAUCAAAAUAAUAGGUAGAUUAGUUACGUUAUUUCAUUAAAUGCAUCACCUAUUGCUCUGGCCAAUAAGAAUGAAGAAAUACAAUGAAGUAAAAUUCUUCCUUUAAAUAAUUUACUUCUGUUAUACUUAUUCUCAUCAGUUAAUUGCUUCUCCAAUCUUAUCCAUAAAAACCUUCAAGUUUCCGCAAUAGGCAUGUCGAUGCUCUAAUGUAAUGCUUCCUCUACACCACAAAUUUAUUCAAGUGCCAACUACUUUUUGGAAAGUUUUCUUUAAAUCUCCUCUUUGUCUUGUGUAUCAAAAUACAAAGAUAUUUUAAAAUGGCCUUUAGAUGUUCUGCCAUAAUUUAUAUUUAAAUGUAUUAUCCAGUAUCUACUUUGUUUCAAGAAGUACAAAUUAUGUACUAUUUAUAAUGGUUUGUUACUUGCCAUUUUGAAAAUUUACAAAAAAAAUAUAUUUUAAAUACUGUUGUGCAAUCAUGAGUUCCUUUCUGAUCAGAUUACAAUUGUGUGCAUUAUUUAAACAGUCUAAUUCAAAAUUGUUAUAAUAUUUCAGUAAAGUAUUUACCUAAUAUUUAAAAUUUUAAUAUUUUUAUCUGUAAAUAAUGUACAAAAUUACAAACUCUGUACUCAAUGUUUGUUUAUUUAUGUUUUUAUAUAUCCUAAAAUUGGCUAGUUGUAUGUGACUAAAUUGUACAUAAAUUAUGUAAAUACCAUAAAAAAUGUAAGUGAAAAAUAGAUUUAUUCCAUCAACCUUAUUAAAUUGGGACAUGAUUAAUUGAAACUAUAUUUAUUGUUUAAAAAGGAACAUUGUAAAAUUGUUUUCAUAUAAAUAAAAAUUUGCAAAAGUG